UGAUAUGAAUGAUCUCAAUUUUUUUUACCUUGUAUAAAUAUCACUCGCUUCGCCAAAAUCAUCACAUCACACCUCACACACUCGCAGAUGAACACAACAAACAAACCCUAGAUCAUUUGUUGGAGUUGUAUCACGCAUUUACACUAAAAUUUCUGAAUUUAUCUCUAAAAUUCCUUGUGAAAUCAUCAUCACCACUCCCAAGAUAUUUUGGUAACGUGGGUUGUUCAGAGAAUUGGGUUUGGGACUUUCUUGUUUGGGGUUGAGAUUAACUGGGGUUGGGAUUUUUUAGGAAGUUUAGUAAAGAUGAUGUCCAGAUCGUAUACUAAUUUGUUGGAUUUGGCGUCUGGGAAUUUCCCGGUAAUGGGUCGGGAACGGGAGAGGAAGCGUCUUCCUAGAGUGAUGACGGUGCCUGGGAGUAUUACAGAGCUUGAUGAUGAUCAGUCUAGUAGUGUUUGCUCGGAUAAUCUUUCUUCACUUGCUUCGGAUAGGAUGAUCAUUGUGGCCAAUAAGUUGCCGAUAAGGGCUAAGAGGAGGCAGGAUAAUAAUGGGUGGAGUUUUAGUUGGGAUGAGGACUCGCUGCUGUUUAGACUUAAGGAUGGUUUGACUGAAGAUAUGGAAGUGUUGUAUGUUGGGUCGUUGAGUGUUGAUGUUAAUUCGACGGAGCAGGAUGAUGUUUCCCAAGUUUUGUUGGAGAGAUUUAAGUGUGUUCCUACUUUUAUCCCGCCUAAUCUCUUGGAGAAGUUUUAUGAUAGGUUUUGUAAGAGGCAGUUGUGGCCGCUUUUUCAUUAUAUGCUGCCAUUUUGUGCUAAUCGAGGGAGUCGGUUUGACCGACGUACAUGGGAAGCUUAUGUGGCAGCUAAUAAGUUGUUUUCACAGAAAGUGAUUGAGGUGUUAAAUCCAGAGGAUGAUUUUGUCUGGAUACAUGAUUAUCAUUUAAUGGUACUCCCGACCUUUCUGAGGAGACGUUUUAAUCGUCUAAGAAUGGGUUUUUUCCUUCACAGUCCCUUCCCAUCUUCAGAAAUAUACAGAACACUUCCUGUUAGAGAAGAAAUUUUAAAGGCUUUACUCAAUUCUGAUCUUAUUGGUUUUCAUACUUUUGAUUAUGCCAGGCAUUUCCUCUCCUGUUGUAGUCGAAUGUUAGGUUUGGAGUAUCAGUCAAAGAGGGGCUAUAUCGGCUUGGAAUAUUUUGGUAGAACUGUUGGAAUAAAGAUUAUGCCAGUUGGGAUUCAUAUGGGUCAGAUUGAGUCGGUGAUGAGACUCGCUGAUAAAGAGUCGAUAAUUAAGGAGCUCAAGCAAAAAUUUGAAGGGAAAGCAGUGUUACUAGGAGUUGAUGACAUGGAUGUUUUUAAAGGUAUUAACUUAAAACUUUUAGCAAUGGAACAGAUGCUGAAGCAGCACCCAGUGUGGCAAGGAAGAGCUGUGCUAGUACAAAUUGUAAACCCUGCAAGAGGUAAAGGAAUAGAUUUGGAGCAGACACAGGCUGAAAUACAAGAAAGCUGUAAAAGAAUCAAUGAAAAUUUUGGGAAGGCCGGAUAUGAACCUAUAGUAUUUAUUGACAAGCCUUUAUCAAUCAGUGAAAGGAUUGCUUAUUUCAGUAUAGCAGAAUGUGUUGCUGUCACAGCGGUUCGGGAUGGAAUGAAUUUAACUCCAUAUGAAUAUAUUGUGUGUAGACAAGGAGUAUCUGGCGCAGAAACAAGCUCAGAUCUAAGUGGACCCAGGAAGAGCAUGUUGGUUGUGUCAGAAUUCAUAGGGUGUUCUCCUUCCCUAAGUGGAGCGAUCCGUGUCAACCCAUGGAAUGUGGAAGCAACUGCAGAGGCAAUGAAUGAGGCUAUAUCAGUGGGGGAAACAGAGGCACAAAUGCGACAUGAGAAACAUUAUCGUUAUGUCAGCACACAUGAUGUUGCUUAUUGGGCACGUAGUUUCUUGCAAGAUAUGGAGAGAACUUGUGCCGAUCAUUUUAAGAAGAGAUGUUGGGGAAUUGGUUUAGGUUUUGGGUUUAGGGUUGUAUCACUAGAUCCUAAUUUUAGAAAGCUUUCAAUAGAUGAUAUUGUGUCAGCUUAUAUCAAGAAUAAGCGAAGAGCCAUUUUGUUGGAUUAUGAUGGUACUGUAAUGCCCCAGAAUUCGAUCAUAAAAACUCCUAGUAGUGAGGUCAUUUCCAUUCUUAAUAGACUUGCCGGGGAUCCAAAUAAUACAGUCUUUAUUGUCAGUGGGCGUGGGAGGGACAGCUUAAGUCAUAUAUUUUCUUCCUGCCGGAAGCUUGGAAUUGCGGCGGAACAUGGUUAUUUCCUGAGGCAGCCAAAUGAUGAAGAAUGGGAGGUUUGUGGACAGAGUACUGAAUUUGGUUGGAUGGAGAUGGCUAAACCUGUGAUGAAACUAUAUACUGAGGCGACAGAUGGCUCUUCUGUUGAAACAAAGGAAAGUGCUCUUGUCUGGCAAUACAAAGAUGCUGACCCUGUGUUUGGAUUUUCUCAGGCAAAGGAGAUGUUAGAUCAUCUAGAGAGCGUUUUAGCGAAUGAACCUGUCGCUGUGAAGAGUGGUCAAUUCAUUGUAGAAGUAAAACCUCAGGGAGUCAGCAAAGGCGUAGUCGCAUCAAAGAUCUUUACUUCAAUCGCUGAAAAAGGGGGGCAGGCUGAUUUUGUGCUUUGCAUUGGUGAUGAUAGAUCUGAUGAAGAUAUGUUUGAAAUCAUUGGUAGUUCAAUAUCCCCAAAUAUUCUUUCUUCCAACACUUCUGUGUUUGCCUGCACAGUUGGACAAAAACCUAGCAAAGCCAAAUAUUAUCUGGAUGACACAAAUGAAGUCUUAUUAAUGCUUGAAAAUCUUGCUGAAGCUACUGAUUCUCCAGCCUCCUCUGAAGCAGAAAAUGGUGUCUCUUCUUGAGUCUUUUCUCUAAUCUGUUCUCAUAUUCAAUUUCACUCCGGUAAAACAUACAAGUCAGAUCUGCCAGUGACAUUUUUCUUUUUUAGGUACUCAUUUAGGUCUAGGUUCAGAAUCACUAGUUAUAUUUGGAUUCCUUUUUAGGGCACACCAUCUUUUAAGGGUUUUCUUUUCUUUUUGGCAUUAUGUCAAAUAUACAAUCAAGAGCUGGAUCAGAUAUUCAAACUGAGGCAAGGAUGUUAGUUUCUGGGUGGUUGAAUUUUGCAAGAAAACAAUCUAUCUGGGUGUUUUUUCAGAGCAAAACCUCAAAUUUGUUGUCAGUUCAGAAAGGAAUCUUAGCACUUCUCGUUUUAAGAGGGCUGACCGGCUGAAUGAGUACGAAAAAAGUGGCACAUCUGCAGAUCAAAUAAGAUGUAGGUUUUUUGGUGGUCAUCGCCAUUGGUAUUGUACAGGGAGAGUAGAUAGAUUGAUUUCAUAGAAUAGCAUUGCCAUUGGUAUUGUUUAGGAGAGCUGGUAUGUCAUUUUCCUUCAGUUGGUCAUAACGAAAGCAUUGUGGAUAUGAGAAGCUUUGAAAAUAAUUUCAGGCGUGUAUCGUCGAUCCA